UUCAACUUUAAACAAGUUUACUCAAGAGCUGAUCUCACUUACAUGAAACUACAGUAAUAAUAAACAAGUCGGGGAGCGAGAUGCAAGCGGACUCACAAGAGAGCGUGGGCAUAGGGUUAUCAGUUUGAUUUGCCCCUAAACAGACUAUAAUUAAAAAAGACAUCUGCGUGCUUUUUUUUUUUUUUCAACGGAGUUGCACGGUGUUUUUUUCUUCUUUCCGAGCAGUAAAGAAAAGCAAGAGGUAGUGCCAGACAGAAAGAGAGGACUUAGCAUCCUAAUUUGCAAAGUUCCACGGAAAUAAAACUUUAGGCGCUGUAUACUUUUGCACAAACAAGCACCGGCUGGAAACGAAGGUAGGCACCUUAGCCUGGUGCUGGUGAUUACCUUGUGUCGUUGAAAUAUUCUUGGAUUGGGCUGUACAACACAGAAAUUACAGGCAGAAAAGAUUUUCCACAAGCACUUCAUUUUUUAAGAUAAGGUAAUCUAAAACAUUAACAAACAACCACAGAAAAGCAGCUUCUCAAAAGUGACGUCUGGAUGACCAGGCAGUGGAGACACUACCAAAAAGUUUAACUGUCACCCGCUCACGAGAAUAAGAGGCUCUCUGUUGGAGACACAGAAGCUGGCCAGGGAUGGAGGUGUUACGAAGGACUUCUAUUUUCGCGGCAGAGGUCAUGGAGACGUUUGACCGCUCCCCCACAGACAAGGAGCUGGUGGCCCAGGCCAAGGCUCUGUGCCGAAACUUCAUCCAUUCCAGGCUGUAUAGAGCUGGGAUCGGCUGGUCCAAACCAGAGCAUGGGCUCCUUGCCUCAGGAGGGACCCUAGGAGAGGUGUCUACUGUGCUGCUGCUGCUGGGGGACGAGCUGGAGUACCUUCGACCGAACGUGUACCACAACGUGGCACAGCAGCUCAACAUCUCGGUGAACUCGGAGGACGCGGUUUCAGAAGCAUUCCUAGCUGUGUCAGCGGAAAUGUUCUCCACAGGGAUUACAUGGGGGAAGGUGGUCUCUCUUUACACCGUGGCUGGGGGGCUGGCGGUGGACUGUGUGCGCCAGGGACAGCCGGCAAUGGUGCACAUCAUCGUGGACUGUCUAGGGGAGUUCAUCCGCAACAGCCUGGUGACCUGGAUCAAGAGACGGGGCGGAUGGGCUGAUAUAAAUACGUGUGUUGAGAACGACGACUCCAGUUUCCAGAAAAACUGGUUUGUCAGAGCUGUCUGCACCAGUGGCCACUUCCUAAAAGCUGCUUUCUUCUACCUGCUGCGGGAGCGCUGAGAUUCUGGGUUUGAGUGCCAGUCUGGGAGCCCACCCAGAGACUGCAUCCGCCAGAGAGGACUGACAACCCAGGUUCACGCCACACCCUGCUUGUGAGAUCAGAUCUCACCAGUGCAGAACACUUUUACAAGACCUUUUAUCAACCCUAUAUCCUGGUCUGUCUUAAACCCCUGCAUGGAAAGCUUAAGGUCUGUACAGAACAAAACAACAAAGUACAAGCACAGACCAUUCCAACAGAGGCAUGACAUUUUUAAAUCAUGAGACACUGUUAAGUGGACUCUACAGAUCAACGGUGUUCAUUAUUUUGAACUGUAAUGUUUUACAUACAACCACCACAAAAUGUGUUCAGAACGAUUGAGUCUUUUAUUACUUGUGGCAACAGGGGCAUGCUUGAUAGUUUUUACCAACCACAAUGUGGCUAUGACAGGUUAAAGGUUUUUUAGUUUACUCUGGAAGGGGGGUGAAUACUGUAAUUUACUUAAGCAUCUUUGCCGAUAGCUACUUUCAAGAUGAAAAUGCACCCAUCCACAGUGCCUGAAUUGUGCUGGAAUGGUUUGUCACUCUAAACCCUCAUAUGAACGUGACCUUUGAAUUUGUCAUCAUGAUCCUUUCUCUAAAAUAUUAAUGACUGAAUGGAUUAAUAUAUUUUGAGAUACCUUCUGGCAUCUUGUGGAGUCUAUGCCAUGUUGUGUCAAGGCUGUGAUGAGGGCAAACGGUGGCCCAGUCUGGUAUUAGAUACAUGUCUUUAUAAUGUGUACAGGCAGUGUAUCUCUCACCUGUAGUGCUCGCUGUUAACCAUGACCCAGUUUUCAGAUCUAUCUGAAAGUUGACUGGUCUGCACACCAGCUCCGUAAAAGAAAGUAAACAGGGUAUACAGAUCUUUAUAAGGGAAGGGAGUUUUAUUUUCCUCAGUCUAAUCUUCACAACAGUUAAGGAUUCUGUUUUAAAAUGUCUCCAUUGAGGAGGGUAUUUGCCAGGUCUUUGAACUGGCAUUAUUCAGCCAUCAGAAUCAACUGGCAGUCUGUAAACAGUAUGAGGUGUGGAGACAAGAAAGGUGUUCUUUAAAGUGUAGUGACAGUACUGGAGAGCCGAGACUGGAUCACUGAAGAACAAAGACCUAACAAAAUCAUUCCAAUGCAUCAUACCAUUUCACAGGUAUCACAUUUUCCUUUAUAAUAGACGCACAAUACGUGGUAAACACGUAUUUUUUUCAAAGCUAAAUUCACUGCUCGCGCCAUCCAGAUAAUUCAAAGCUACAUUUCCACUUGCAAAUGACACCAUGUAAGAAGAAUCUAGUGGAUCGUUUUGCUGCAUGUAGAGUACCACUGCCACCUUGAGGUGAAGUUUAAAGUGACACCAUAUAAAAAUUGAUCAGCAGGCAUCACACACACACAAUAUAAAUGCAGUCCUCAAAGCUGUAUCUGCCAUGUUGUGCCUGCAGGAAUGUUGUGUCCAUGAUUUGUGAAGCAACUGUAUUUAGUUGUUCAUUAUAUAGGCCUAGGUAACGGACAGCACUUCUAUAUAUGCCCACAAUUCUGCAUUGAAGUGUAUGUAAAGUAUGCUACUCUCCUGUAUGUGCUCGAGAAUUACAGUACAAGUGCCGACAUCAACUAGUCGCACAAAUGCAAUUUGAAAUGGUGAAUAUUCAAUUACAGGGCUUUUCGUUUGUAAGAAGUGUUAUUAAAACACAUUUUGAAUACUA